AUGUUGGAGGAUUAUUUAAUAAACCAUCAAUCAUCCCGUUUAGAACAAAUAUUAAAUGCAACGGAGGAAUAUGUGCAUUAUUCAAUUUAUGUGAACUUUGUAUCUUUAUUCGAAGCUGAUCCUGAGAAUGCACAAAAGAUUCUACUUCGUCCUAGGUAUUAUUUACCAUUAUGUGAUGAAGCAGCUAUUAAGGCUCAAGAAAAAAUAUCCAAACCGCAUCAAGUUGUAAAAAAAUUGAUUCAUAUUAGAAUUACUGCUAUUCCUAUUAAAGUACAAGAUGCACAAAUUGGUGAAUUAGUUACUACGAGUGGAAUUACAGUUAGAACGUCUCAACCUUCUGUUAUAAAAUUGAAAAAACGAUACAAGUGUAAAAAGUGUAAACAUGUCUCUGUAAUCAAGUUUGAAUGGGAACGACAUAUGUUUCAAAAUCUUAAAGAAUGUCAAGCGUGUCGUGUAAAGAAGAUAGAAACUUUAACAGAUCUAGAACCUGAUGAUUGCUCCGAUUACCAGGAAAUUAAAAUUCAAGAACACAAUCAAAAGGAUGCGAAGAAGUCUUGUAUGGUAGGAUUACAAGUUAUUUUACUGGAUGAUUUAGUCGAUAAAUGCAGACCAGGAGAUAGUUUAGAAAUAAGUGGAGUAAUUAUACGUAAAUGGGGAACUUUGACAGUUGGACGACCAGCAGAAGCAACAACGUUGAUGAUAGCAAAUAGUAUUUCAAUACGUCGUAAAGUAUCUGACAUUACAUUUUCCAAUCAAGAAAUGCAAGAUAUUUUUAAAGGUUAUUGGCAACAAUAUGAGAACGAUCCUUUGACUGGAAGAGAUAAUAUACUUGCAUCAAUUUGUCCUCAACUCUAUGGAAUGUAUACAAUAAAAUUAGCAUUAGCUGUUGUAUUAUCUGGUGGUGUAUCAAAAGUAAAUGAUUCAGGUACACGUGUCAGAGGUGAGCCACAUCUUCUUAUGAUCGGUGAUCCUGGAACCGGCAAAUCUCAAUUACUUCGUAUUGCUUCCAAAUUAUCAACAAUAUCUGUUCAUACAACUGGUAUUGGCACAACCGCAGCUGGCCUUACAGCUGCUGCUGUCAAAGAUACAGAUGGUUGGCAUUUAGAAGGUGGUGCUUUGGUAUUAGCAGAUGGUGGUGUUUGUUGUAUUGAUGAAUUUAAUACAAUGAGUUCUCAUGACAGAGCAUGUGUGCAUGAAGCUAUGGAACAACAAACAAUAUCAAUUGCCAAAGCAGGUUUAGUGAGUACUUUAAAUUCUCGAUGUACAGUUAUUGCUGCUAUUAAUCCAGAUGGAGGCACAUUUAUAGAUGGUGAAGAAUGGAAAACACGUUUGGGAAAUCCUCUUUUAUCACGAUUCGAUUUAAUUCUUCUACUCAAGGAUAAUAAAAAUCAAGAAUGGGAUAAAAUGGCAUCUGAUCAUAUUUUAAGAACAGCUUAUGAAUUUAACGAUACAGAAGCUCAACCAGAUACAAAGCAACAGAUGGAUUCUGUAAGAUCAGGAUUAUGGUCGGAGCAAAGUUUACGCGAGUAUUUCACACAUAUACAUACUUUGAAACCAAGUCUUACAAUAGAAGCAGAAAAAGUUAUCAGUGCAACUUAUCUUUAUCACAGAUCUAAUCCAAGUAGAAGAUCAGAACGAACAACUGUACGACUUUUAGAUAGCUUGGUCAGAUUAGCUGAAGGCCAUGCAAGACUAAUGUUUCGAUCAGAAGUACAACUAAUGGAUGCUAUAAUUGCAUCAGACUUAACUGGUACUCUUAUAAGUGAUAUGGGAAUUGGAUGUCCUUUUCCUACAAAUCCAAAACACACAUAUCAUUGCAGAGGAAAGGAGAUAUUAAGAAUUCUUAAUUUGGAAACGCUUGAAUCAUUUCUAUAAUGUAUCAUACGUAUAAUGUAUUUUCUAACACGAAUUAUAUACAUUUCCAUGGUUAUUUGAUUAAUUAAUAUCUUCCAUAUUUGAAGUGUUAUAAUAAAAUACAAUAGUCCAAGGCAGAAUUAUAAGUAUAUAUUAUUAUUUAGUUUAGCAAUUAAAUAUUCCAUUAUCUACUUUUUAUGCAUAAGUGGUUUACUUUUUUUUUAAUAUUAUUCUCAGUACCUAUAUAUUAGCAAACAUAAUAGUUUUAUACAUGGACCUUUGGAGUUUUAAUUUGUUAUUAAUAGCUGCAGAAUAUUUUCCAUUGAAUUUUCUUAAAAAAAAAAA